CGUCGAACGCUGAUCAACUAUUUGAAACAUCCGGAUCGGCAGAUUGAUACUUGCGACUUGGGUCGCUUUCAUCCAGUGUUUAAUCCGCAGCAGGAGGACGAGCUCGUUCAGCAUAUACUAAACAUGGAACAACGACUUUUUGGACUGACAACUCGCGACUUCAGAAGCUUGGCGUUCCAGCUCGCGGUGAAGAACAAAAUUAAACAUCCUUUCAACACCGAGUCCCAAUUGGCCGGUGAAGAUUGGUUACAUGGUUUCCGUCAACGCCACCCUGAACUGUGUCUAUGUAUUCCUGAGGCAGCAUCCGCGGCCCGCGCUGCAGGAUUCAACCGAGUGGCGGUAUCGAAUUUUUUCGCUAUUCUUCAGGCUGUCAAGGAAGCUAAAGAUUUCCCAGCGAGCCGAACGUACAAUGUUGAUGAAACAUCAGCUGUGACCGUGCAAACCAAAAAAUCAAAAGUGCUGGCGCUGAAAGGAAGACGACAGGUGGGCUGCCUGACUUCCGCUGAGAGAGGUGUCUUGACCACAGCUUGUGUAUGUAUGUCAGCAACGGGGUACUACAUACCUCCUAUGCUCAUAUUCCCGCGAGCACGCCUCACGGAGUCCCUGAAGACUGGUGCCCCGCCGGAAACUCUAUUCAGUUGCAACGGUAGUGGUUGGAUGACAAUGACCGAUUUCAAUACGUGGUUCGAUCACUUUUUGGAGCACAGCCGGCCGACAGCUGCAGCUCCAGUGUUGCUGAUUCUAGAUGGGCACGUCACGCAUACCAAAAACAUAGCCUUCUUCGAAAAAGCCCAGCAAAACCACGUGACGGUGGUUAGUUUGCCUCAUCAUUGCGGCCAUCGUAUGCAGCCCCUCGAUGUGAGUUUCAUGGCUCCCCUCAAAUCGAGCUUUUCGAAAGCAAUCGAAGCUUUCCUCAGGCGGAAUCCGGGAAAGGUUGUCACAGUCAAUGAUGUGAGUGCCUUGUUCGGAGAAGCCUACUUGAAGACCGCAACAUCUUCUGUGGCACAGAGUGGAUUCAAAGCUACAGGAAUUGUACCCUUUAAUCAGUUCAUUUUCACUGCGGCCACUGUCACUCUUGAAGAUAUCCUUCCGUUACCAAAGGUAACCGUCAAGAAACUUCGUAAGAAGUCAAGGCGUGAAAAGGCAACAGAAUUGACUUCAAGUCCCUCCCGGCGAAGUCUCAAAGGGUUUCGUGCUUCGAAUGACAUAAAACAACUUCAGAAGUCGAAACGCAGAUCUAGAGUUACUCCGAAACAUUCGCGAAAGUCAAAAGUUGGUGAGCAAACCUCAUUACAAGAUACACUGUGCGACAACUGUGGAAUGGUUUUCAGUUUGUCUGAAGACGGGACAGGUUGGAAAUAA